AACGACGACCGCUUAGGAUGCGGGGGCCCCGAUGCCAACAUGAACACGAUGGGUAAGAUGGGGGCCCAGCUGAGACACACGGGCCACCUGUUAGCAGAAGACGACAUCAAAGACGAGUACCAUUUUUCUGGAUUUGGUUUGAUUCAGGACCGGAACUGUAUAGACCAUCACCGGCGGCCUAUGCCCCCAUUGGCGUCGGCCGAUCCGGACAUCCCCGGCUUCUGUGCCGGCUGCGGCGGAAGGAUACUCGACCGGUACUACCUGCACGCCGUGGAGAAACAGUGGCACACGCACUGCCUGACCUGCAGUGACUGCCACUUCCGGUUGGACACGGAACUGACCUGUUUCGCCCGGGACGGGAACAUCUACUGUAAAACAGAUUACUACAGGAGGUUCGCCGUCAAGAACUGCGCUCGCUGCCAGAUGCCCAUCUCGGCCAACGAGCUCAUCAUGAGGGCCAAGGACCAGGUCUUUCAUCUGACCUGCUUCGCCUGCACCGCCUGCAACCGGACCCUGAAAUCUGGCGAGCAGUACGGGCUCAAGGAUAAUCUCAUCUACUGCCGCAUGGACUACGAACUCAUGUUCCAGGGCGAGUUCAAUCUCCCUAGUAUGAGCCCGGGGAUGGGACCCCACGGGGCGCAUAGCCCAGGGGGAGGGCCGCCGAUUCCUUUUUACAACGGCGUCGGCGCCGUACAGAAAGGGCGCCCUCGAAAACGGAAAAGCCCGAUGUCGGAUGGGGACGGAUGUUCCCCCAGCAUCGAAAUAAUUCCCCCCCCCCUCCACAUUGCAGGACUAGAUAACCCCGACAGGGGAGGCGACGUACUGGAGCGUGACGGCUACCCCCACCAGACGCCCAGACAGAAGAGGGUUCGAACCUCCUUCAAGCACCACCAGCUGCGAACCAUGAAGUCUUACUUCGCCCUCAACCACAACCCGGAUGCGAAGGACUUGAAGCAGCUCGCCCAGAAAACUGGCUUGUCUAAGCGUGUACUCCAGGUGUGGUUCCAGAACGCACGCGCCAAAUACAGGAGGAACCUCCUAAAGCAGCAGGACUCCGAGGGUGGCACCAAGGCCGGUCAGGGUCAGGUGCCAGAGUCCCCGGACGGGCGGGACAAGGAGAUGAAGGACUCCAACUCCAUCACCGACAUGAACGCCGGCUCCCCCGCCCUCUCCGACAUCAGCUCCACCCCCUCGCUCAGCGACAUCCAGUCCUCGACCAUCGAGACUGACCACAACAGCAGCAGCAACACCAGCAUCUCGGACCUCUUCUCCAGCACCAUCGCUACCAUCAACUAA